CGUCAGAGUGUCAGACCUGAUAAAAUGCUGCCGAGUCACAGAGGGACCCGGUGCCGAGAGGCCACCGGACCGACCCCUCACUCAGUGUCUGUGAGAGCCAAGUUCCCGUCCUCCAGGCCCGCAGACCAGCUGUUCCCGGCCAGGAAGAAACGGGACGCCGCCCGAGACCGGGUCCUGGAGUUCGCCAAGGACCAGCAGACCUGCGACAUGAAGAACUCCUGGCUGAAGAGUUCAGACGGUCGUUUCCAGAGACGAACCAUCGAGAGGGAAGUCCGAUCUGCUCUGAACCAGCAGGAAGUCCACGUCCAGGAGCGGAGAGACAGACUGCAUGCGCUGCUGGAGGCGGAGGAGCAGCAGCUGCAGCAGGAGAUGGAGGAGAAGAUGGAGUCCCCGGAGGAGAGACGGGCGAAGAUGAGAGAACAAACUAAAGCUCUGAGAGAGAGGAGAGAGACAGACAGACUGCAGCUGGUCUCAGAGAAGCAGGAACAACUGUUCAGGGAGCGGUGUGAGGAGCUGCGGACCGUCCAGAGCCGGCGCACAGAGCGGCAGGUGUGUCUGGAGCGAGCCGCUCAGGUGAGAGGCCGUCAGGAGCGGCUGCAGCGGCGGCAGCUGGAGGAGAAGAUGGUACACGAACUGCUGGAGUCCGACCGCAGAGCCAAAGAGGAGCACGAGGCCCAGGUGGUGCAGAGGCGGCGACAGAGAGACCUGCAGCAGCUGGACUUCAUCAGGACUCAGAUGGAGGAAGCAGAGCAGCAGAGACAGCAGCUCAGACAGCUGAGAGAGGAGGAGGCCGCGCUCAUGCUGCAGCAGCAGCGCGAGCGGCGGCUGCAGGAGCAGCUGCAGCAGCAGCAGAAGCUGCGGGACCAGCAGACCGCCCGCCGUCAGCUGGACCGGGGCGUCCGGCUGAAGACCGAGCGGCUGGCCAGAGAGCGGCAGGACGAGCUGCAGCUGGACUCCGACAUCCUGCAGCAGCUGCUCAAACAGGAAACCGAGGAGAGACAGGAAGCUGCUCAGAGGAAGGCUAAGCUGUGUGAGGAGCAGCUGAAGAACCGGCAGAACGUGUGUGAUGAGCUGCAGAGGCAGAGGAGGGAGGAGGAGCGGCUGCUGGAGGAGAAGCUGAAGGAGGUCUGGACUAAACGAGAUGAGCAGAGACGGCUGCAGGGGGAGGCCAGGAAGCGGCUGGUGGAGGAGGUGACGGAGGCUCAGAGGCUGCAGAUCCAACAGAAACGGGACAUGAACAUGCAGAAACAAGUGGAGCUGUCCACAGAGAGAGACGAGCUGAUCAGAGCGAUGGACGAGAUGAAGCUGAAGGACGAAGACGAGAAAAGACGGAAGAGGCAGGCCUGCGAGGCGUAUCAGGCCGACCUGAGGGCUCAGAUGAAGCAGCAGCAGCAGCUCCAGAGCGAGCAGAGAGCUCAGGCUGAGAGGGAGUACCAGCAGGGUCUGAUCCUGCAGGAGUCGUACGACCGGAGGAAAGACGAGAUUCUCGCCAGACCCACAUCCCACGCCACCGUCCUCCAUCCGUUCAGACGAGCAGAGGGAUCCAGGUCCGCCUCACGCGUGUUUGAAACACUUUGA